UCUCGUAGUGAUGUAAAAAGAUGGCGGAAUCGUCUAGCGGUGGGAAUUCCAGCGGCGUACGUUUUGGCCACUACAAGUUCGAUAAAACGAUCGGGAAAGGGAAUUUUGCUAUCGUAAAACUUGCCAAGAAUAUCUACACCAAUAGUGAGGUGGCCGUAAAGAUUAUCGACAAGACCAGGCUGGACAAGGAGAACUUACAAAAAGUGUAUCGGGAAAUUCAAGUUAUGAAAAUGCUCGAUCAUCCGCACAUUAUCAAGCUCUAUCAGGUAAUGGAGACGGAGAAAAUGCUUUAUUUGGUAACGGAGUACGCUAACAGCGGAGAGAUAUUUGAUCAUCUUGUAACGAACGGCAGGAUGCCCGAAAAAGAUGCGAGGAAGAAAUUCAGUCAAAUAGUCUCGGCCAUUGAGUAUUGCCACAAGAGACAUGUUGUCCAUCGAGAUCUCAAGGCGGAGAAUCUCCUGUUGGAUGAGCGCAUGAACAUAAAGAUAGCAGAUUUUGGUUUCAGUAAUUUCUUCGAGAAAGGAAAGAAAUUGCGCACGUGGUGUGGAAGUCCACCAUACGCUGCUCCAGAGCUAUUCGAAGGAAAAGAAUAUCUUGGACCUGAGGUUGAUAUUUGGAGUUUGGGGGUCGUUCUUUAUGUGCUCGUGUGCGGUGCUCUUCCGUUCGAUGGCAGUACCUUGCAGAGCCUGAGGUCUCGUGUUCUGGCUGGAAAAUUUAGAAUUCCUUUCUUCAUGUCCACUGAGUGUGAAACCUUGAUCAGGCACAUGCUAGUUCUUGAGCCCGCUAAACGCUACACAGUCAGCCAGGUGAAACAGCACAAAUGGAUGACAGCGGACUGCGACGAGGGCUAUAUGGACUGUCAACCGUUGUCACCAGCAGGGAACGGCACACCGAGUCUAAAUCAACAAGUCAUCGAUAAAAUGUGUGAAAUGGGACUUUCAGACGAACAAACUAUCAGACAGGCUGUCCUAAACAUGAAUUACGACAGUUUGUCCGGCAUUUACUAUUUGCUUGUGGAGCGAUGGAAAAAGGCUCAUAACAAACAAGCUGUUUUUCAGUCGAUUACUCUACCAAGCACUCCAAUGGAAGCCCAUGGUCGAUCUUUGGAAAGUGAUGUGAUAAUUGUAGGUGGCUCUUCACCGAGUCAUGAUUCAAGUGCUCGAGAAAGCCCCAUUCCGGUGGUUCAGGUAACACCUGUUUCUCCAACAAUAAAUAGGUCUGAUGAUGAUGCGAAUAUAAAAAGUCGACUUCAGAACGAAGAAGAUGUUGACGAAGUGUCGUCGCACGAGUUUUGUUCGGAUGUCAAGCGAUACUUGGAAAGAAGGCGGCACACCAUUGUUUCAUGUGGAAUACCGGAGCAAUACUCUACUAUGGACGCUCGUGUUCCAUUGAUUUCUCAUCAUAAUACAAUGUGCUUACCCGAAAAACGUCUUCCUGCUCAUUCCAUCUUUCAAAUGCAAGCUUUUCAAGACAGGAGAGCGUCUGAUGGCGCUUCCAGCCUAGCAGCUGGUAUUGCACAGUUUCAUGCUUUGCGGGAACGCAAAAUGCUUGCAUCUCAGAAUGAAAACACAAGUAGAGAGAACUUAUUAGGUAGCUCUGGCUUUCAAGCUUCGGUUUCCUCCAGUCCACCAAGCCCUCAAGCAAAUGAUGAGCACGAAAGUGGCUCAGAUCAAGAACCCGAUCAGGAGGAUGUUGAAAGAUAUUUGCGAUUGCGUGGUCACAAAAGGCAUACACUAUCUGGAGCCAAUGAGAUUCCACCUGACAUUCAGAGUCGACUUUGUCAAGUGCCGAUGAGGAUUCCGCGGCGUGUCCGCACCCCUAGUCGCGAGCGCGUUAACCGCGAUAGUGGUUAUCCUUGUGCACCUGGUAUGAGUAGAUACAGUGCACGUCGUGCUUCUGAUGGUGCUGCAUCGCUUCUUGCUUUCACGCAGCAUUUGGAUCGCAAGUGUAGGAAAGGCAGUUUGAAAGAAAUCCACGCUGAACAUCAGAAGCUGCAGCAACGGUUUAAAAACAAUGGCCAGCUUGAUACCCUAAAGUUGCAUCAGCGUCAUCAUUUUCACCAUCAACAGCAACAACAACAGCAACUGUCGCCGACUGUUCCUACAAGAUCUCAACAUCCCUUGCUGCCGAUGCCAUUUCGUAGACUCCAGGAUCCUAGAGGUCGAAGGUUUUCCGACGGCCCCGAAAAUCUUGCUGCGACCCUUGCUGAGUUUAAUAAUCAAUUGUCUUUAUCGCAACAAAAAAAGCAAUUGCAAAACAUCGAAAGUCAGCACCCUCUAACAUUCUCCGGUCAGUCUCCAACAAGUCCAAGCUCAAUGCCAACCGAUGUUAACAUGGAUGAAGAUAUACAAGAGCAAAAUGAAAUGUGUUCUGGCUCCGAAAACCUCGAACAGUCUUGUGAGGAACAGAAGCCUCUUGAUGAUGUGAUUCGUCCUUUACCAAUACCAAUUCCAAGUCACGGCGAAAGUUAUAGUCCGCAGACGUCUCCUCAUGAAUUUCAAAGUAUGAUGCACAAUGGUCCUCAUGAGCAAUUGCAACAAGGGAUGCAGCGUCUACAACUUGAUUCAAUGGCAGGUCAUUUGAGCCCUGGGAAUAUUACGUACGGAACGAUUUCCAGCGACGCCUAUCAAACAUUUCCCGGUCAAGCAUCACCGGAGGGAUUUUCAUCCUCUUACCUUGGGUCACUGCAGGAAAGCGAACAAUUUUAUAAAAAAGAACCCGUGGCAGUAGAAGCUCGCAACGAAUGUUUGCAGUUCAACGCGCACUCAAGUCCUUUUCGAGCUGAAAAUCAUGGCGAUACGUCGCCCCAACAUUUGCCUGGUAGUGAAUCUUUCUCUUCGGCAUCUGUCAACCAGCAAUUUCUUGGUAAUCAGAAUCAAGUAAAAAUAGAAGAGGACCCUUUAGAUCCUUGUUUUAUUCUCAAUACUGCCAGUCUUCAUAAAGAUAUUGGCAGUCCUGGAAAUAGGCCGUCAACCGCAGACCACGCACGUUUAGGACAACAUAGACGCCAUCAUACAACGCCAAGUGACGAACCAUCUAGCGAUUUACUGCGACAGGUGCAGACAAGUGGCAUAUACAAUAGAAUGCCAUUUAAUAAUAACUUGGUGAGCUCAGUUUCAUCGAAAGAGAAUAGUUCUGGAAAAGGCAGAAUGCCAUUUUCUCCUAGCUUCUAUUCUCUUCCUAUGGCGAAGCUUGACAAGUAUAAUGGCUUGACUAGUCCGACAGCUGCGGACCGCAUGACGUUAGCUUUCAGCAUGAACAUGAUAUCGCGCAAGUCUUUGAAAAGUAUACUGGAUGAGGUUCGGAACACUUUGGAGAAUCGUUCCUCCUCUCUGUUUUACAACGAAUCUGAUUUGCUCUUCACUCUUCAACAUGGCGAGGUUCAAAUGCAGAUUGAAGUAUGUCAGUCUCCCGAGUUGGCCGUGAAUGGCUUGCGAUUGCGACGUCUGGGUGGGGAUACGUGGGAAUAUCGACGAUUAUGUAGUGAGUUAUUAUCUGGAAUGGACUUGUAAUGACUAGAUUUUGCUUUGAAUUAAUGUUCCAUCCCAUUCCACCAAGACGUGUCAGAACAAAAAAUUCAAAGGAACAUUAUGGCAAAUAAUUGAAUCCGCAUUACGAUGUACUUUUGCGUUGUCUCCGUGCAGUUGUAACUGUCGUUGACGCAUCCAUAGAAAAGGCAGGAGUACACUCACCAAUGAAUAAUUUACGUUUGGUUCAGAGCAACGACAUGUUUCGUUUUCCCCUGAGUUUUUAACGAGAGAUACAACACCGUGGUGAAAAGGUCUUGUACAGCUAUCAAAUAGUUAAGUAUUAUAGAAUAUUCCAAGGAAUUCACACCUGAUUGGCUUGUUAUCAUGCUCCUUGUUGAAAAUAUACUGGAAAAACGUUCACCGACGAUCGUUUUAUGUAUGUGGCAAUAGGGACAAUAAGUAUGCAGCUUGAGAGCUGGCCAAUCGGGUGUAAAUUUCGUUGUCCACCGGUUGGCAACAUACAUAAUUUAUGUAAGAAUAAGAAAGUAAAUAUAUUUCGGUAUGCAUUCCUUAGAAUUCUGAAUUGUAUAUAGACGCGAAAUUGUUAGAAUUGUCAUUCAGGAUAACUAGUGCAUAUCAAAAGAAAGAUAUAUAUCAAAUAAAUAGGAAAGAUAAAAGAGAUUUUGAAAAGUCUUAGUAAAUGCAUAGGAAUACUAUCAAUAAUUUAGUUUCUGAUCAAUGCUGCAGAUUGAAUGGUUGCCAUCAAACGUUUUGCCCACGCGAAACUCGUAAUAUUCGCGAAGGCAGCUUUUGGAUAUUUUAAUAGGUUUGAUACACUGUUUGUUGAAUUUGGGCUAAAAGAAACGUCAACUGAUUGAUUAUUAGUUAACAUUUAAAAUGGUAGCUACGCGUGAAUGUUGAUCAUUCACCGUCAACUGAAGCAAUGAUCUUUGCUGCAUUGUUGCCUGUUUUGGCACUUUUCGCAGCAUUUCAACUUAUUUUAAUGAAAUAUUUCGCUAUAACUGUGAAGUUCUAGAAAAACCUGAUUUCGUUUGACGAAGAUUACCUUGCAUGGGUUAAUAUGAUGUAUUUUUUGGACAUGAGGAUCGUUCAUACUAAGCGUUGAUGUAAAACUUAAUUGAAUUAAUAUCGUUCGGGACCAACAGCUGGCUUCUACGCUGUUUAACUUAAUGCCUUAUUUCAUUCUUCGUACAAAGUGUGCAUGAGCAUUUUAGAUAAUUCAUCCAAAUCAAGUUUACUGCUUUUUCAACACAAACCGAACUUUCAUUUUGACAUAAACCAAGGCGUGAAUCUGUAGAAUGUCGCACUUUAUCAUUUUAUUGUGUGCUUUCAUGUAAGUCAGCCGUGUUAGUUGUUCUAACAUUAAAUAGAUCAAGAAAUCCAAGUUUUCAACGUAUGGGUCCAUCUUGUCGGCUCACGAAAAUACAUCGUAGAUAAUUUCGCAGAAAGUUGAAUUAGAAUCUCUGCUGAUUAGCGUUCUUUUGUUAACAUUUAGCAAGUCGUAGUCAAUUAUUGUCGUACUCCUUUGUAGUCAAUCCUGAUUGUGAUUUUAGGCCCGUUUCAAACGUCGCGUUUUACAUGAGCCGAACACUUUUUGUGUUAAUUGCACUCAGCUCGUGUCAAAUGCGACGUUUGAAACGGGCCUUAUGGUUAGGGUAUCUUCGAUUGUUCAUACAAAUAUCUACAGUGUAUGUGCAGUACAUGAAUUACAUGAUUGCUUUUAGCGACAUAUGAAUGACUUUGUGUUACGUUGACUAAAGAAUAAUUCGAAUUUUUUCAGUAAACGGUUUGUAACGAUAUGUUGGUAACCCAUUGUUGAGUUUUUGUAACGAAAGGGCUCGAGACUUAUGAUAUAUAAUGCUUUUGUGGGUUGUACAAAAGGAGAGCGACAUGUCUUGGUAUUUUGUUUUGUUUUUAAAUAUCAUCAAUUUUUUCUCAAUAUUAUCUUUCUUUUUGUCUCCGUAAAGUUGACAAUUGAUCGCUCGAUCUAUAGAGAUCCCUAAUGAUUUUGCCUUAGUGUGAACAAAACCUCCAAGGUUUUUCAGAUGUACCGUGCGAUCUGAAUUGGUGACACGCAUUGCAUGUAUUGGUUGUAUUAUACGUCGAGGAUAUUGUUGUUUCAUCGCGUAUUGCUCAUGAAUAAAUUUUCUCUGAUACAUUUGUUUAGUAAUAACCAUUCAAACAUGCGUUGUGUUGCCCCAAUUGUCAUCUCGAGAGAGCUCGUCAGCUACGCUUAGCCAUUGCGAUUGCUAAUUUAUUCUUUUUGGCGCCAUGUUAGCUCGGUGAAAGUUGGCGAAAAAUUGAAUUAAAAGUGUGUUCAUUUUUAAGCCGUAAAAUUAGAAAAUAUUGGCGUCGUGCUUUGUUUAAUUUAAACGAAUUAGUGUCAAAGAAAUAUGUGUAAUAAAAUGGUGCGAAAAUAUA